GCAUGCACAACGGCGUCGGCCCCUUGAAAGCAGCAAUGAUGCCUACACACGACUACCCCAGCUUUUCCCAGCUGCCUCUCGACAAGAAUGGCCCUCGAUUGAAUGCGUGGGGUCUUUGGGGCCCUGACGAUCAGCUGGGCACCCUCAACCUCUUGACAGAAGAUGUGAUUGCGAAAGCUGCGGCCGAGAAUAUCAAGUCGGGCGUCAGAGUAUCUCUGAAUUGGUCAAUGACGGGAGCUUCGAAUCCCAGAUUUGUGCGGAAACUGCUCGAGCAGAAUAUGAUCAACAAGGCACCUCUAAAGCACGCCCAUGACGACGAGUGGCACUUCAACUCCCAAUGCAGCUCACAAUGGGAUGGCUUCCGGCAUUAUGCCUACCAGGAAGAAGAGGUUUAUUACAUGGGCCGCAAAGCUGAGGACUUCGCCGCCUCACCAAUCCCCAACGGUAUUCAACACGUCUCGGCCAAGGGCAUCGCCGGCCGCGCCAUUCUCGUGGACUGGUAUGCGUGGCACCAGGCCACACGUCCCGACACCGCCGUCGACGCGAUGAGCAACCACGCCAUCCCCUUCUCCGAGAUCAAGCAGGCCCUCGAAUACCAGGGCCUGUCCCUCUCUUCCUUCCGCAAGGGCGACAUCAUGGUGAUCCGCUUCGGCUACCUACACCAGUACGAGACGAUGCCCGACGCGAAGCGCAGCGUCCUCGACGAGCGCUACAAGGCGGAGAAGCCGGAGAACAUUGGUCUCGAGCCGAGCCGCGAGCUGCUCGAGUUCCUGUGGGACUCGCAGCUCGCCGCCAUCUGCGGCGACACGAGGUCGCUCGAGGUCUGGCCGUGCAAAGAGCUCGAGUGGCACAUGCACGAGAUCCUCCUCGCCGGUUGGGGGAUGCCGAUCGGGGAGCUUUUCGACCUUGAGGAGCUCGCGAGGAUCUGUGCCAAGGAGAAGCGAUACACUUUCUUCAUGGCGAGUUCGCCGAUGAAUGUCCCCGGAGGCGUAGCAAGCCCGCCAAACGCGCUCGCAUUUCUGUAGAUAAAUGCCCUUGUGGAUGGUGGAUGGUGUAUCAGUACUACCGACGCAAACCUGCUUCUGGUAUUGACAUCGUGUCGUGUCGUGUUGAAAUGUGAACAGCAAGAUCUUCGGAGACUCCAAAUUUCACAACGUAUCGCUGAGAGACAAUGCAAGAAGCCCGCCAUCCGUGUUAGUAGCGACAGCUCUGACAGCCCGGCGGUGGGUCGACAAUGCAAGGACCAUGGAGUUCGGUGAUAGUCCGUAACAUGCCAUUUUACC